AUGGAGCCUUCUGCGGCUGCUGCCUCGGCAGCCCCUAUGACGGGAGAUGUUUCUCCGAGUGCCCAUUCACAAGGGGGUGCUCUCACUGGAGAAAUGGUCUUGGACAGGCUGGCUCAGGCGGUCAGCCAACUGGCUAUGUCAUCGUCAGCGUCUUCGGCUGGCGGUGGAUGGAAGGAAAGCAAGUUCGUGAGGCAGCCGGAUGUCUUUGAGCCCAGGGACAUGGAACAGGAGAUGCAGAUGUGGAACGACUGGAGCUUUCGCUUCAAGUCCUUCCUAAUGAUCCAGGAUCCCUUGUACAAAGAGGACCUAGACAACUGUGAGACAGCUACUGCCUUCACUUCCUUCUCGAGCUACACGGAAGGCCAGAAGCAACGAGCCAUUCGGUUGUAUGCCAUGCUGGCUUCUUACCUGCGAGGACGACCACUCAAGCUGCUACGUUCUGUAACGGAUGCUGAUGGUUUCAAGGUCUGGAGACAGCUUCAUGACGAGCUUGCUCCUAGGAGUCGGCCACGUGCUUUAGCACUCGCACAGGCUCUUACACGCUUCCCACCUUACAAAGAGAAUACAAGCAUCUUAGAGUACGUCCUCACGUUCGAGAGACUCGUUCGAGAAUACGAAGCUCUGUCUUCUCAAAGCUACGCAGACGAUUUAAAAAUCGGAACUCUUCUUUCCGGCCUGCCAGCUGAAAUGCGAAGGUAUCUUCAGAUGCAGAUCGUCGACUCUACCAAGUAUGAGCAACUACGAGAAAGAGUUUUGCAGUAUGAGAGAUCUUCUUCUACAUGGAAUGCGGAGCAUGUCUUGAAGUCUUUGGGAGUAGGCCGUGUUCCAGGAGCUGAUGGUGAGGCAAUGGAUGUUGAUCGGGUCGAGAAGGGCAAGUUUGGAGGUAAAGGAAAGAAGGGUGGUGCAAAAGGACCCAAAGGAGGCAAAGGAGCCUACAAAGGAAAGGACCAAGGAAAACCUGUGAAGCAGUGGUACAACACCAAGGGCAAGGACAAACAUGGUGGCUACAAAGGCAAGGGCAAGGACAAACAAGGAGGUGGAAAAGGAAAGAAGGGAGCAAACCAAGUUUGUUUUGCAUGUGGCAAACCUGGGCACUUUGCAGCUGAAUGUCGGCAGCGAGUGAAUGUGGUGCAAGACAGUGAUGUGACUUCGCAGGCUUCAGCUUCGACGGCGCCCACCUCGGCGACUACCAUGGCUAAGGCAAAGGCAAAGGUCCAGCGUGUUGAUCUCUGCGCUCUUGAUGAGAGUGAUGGUGACACUGAAGAGAUCCAUGUCACGUUUUAUGAUGGUGCUGUUCGUGUUGUUCGGGAAGUUGACUCAGAGCUUCGCGAGCCGGAUUCGAGUGCAGACGAGUUGCCGAACAACAGCACCAUGUGGUACCGCAUGUUCUCUGAGAGUGCCGAGGGCGAGAGUGUGACAAGUGACGUUGAGGUUGCUGCCCGUUCAGUGCAGGACACAUGUCUUCAUGAAGUAAUACUCGACUCAGGUGCCGACUGCACUGUCUUGCCUCAGAGCCAGUUUGAGUCAGUAGGUGCAGAUGGUGGUCGCAAGGCAACUCUUGUAGAUGCACAAGGAAACACCAUCCCUCAAGCUUCGUCUCGGCAGCGUGUUCUGUUUGAGGUUGAGGGCGAGGAUGGAGAGAUGAUCCAGUUCACUGAUUUUGCCACUCUUGCCAAUGUCAAACAGCCUCUGUUUUGCUUCGGGAAACUCUUAAAGAAUCACUGGCAGCCUGUGAAAGAGGAUGGUGCUUGGUACUUGCGUCGGGAUGGUUCUCGAUUCGGAGUGCAUUGGAGCAAGAAUUCUUUGGCCACCUUCAUGAGGAUAAGCAGAGUCACCGAUGAUAUCAGUUCUGAAGCUGUAGAAAAUCCUCCUGAAGCAGCCGAAGACCCAAGCCAACACCCAGGUGAUUCUGAUCCUCUUCGCCUUCGCUUGGUGCUUGCCCUGAGCGAGCACAUCGAUGUUCUCACCAAGGAGGUGGGCUGGGGAUUGAGCGCCGAGGGUUUCCCAGCACACUUGGGGAUGAACAUGAAGGGCACGCACGAUGCAAGUGAUUAUUUCACUCCAGAUGACUGGCCACUGCGUGUUACACUCCUUUGGCGCGGUGGCACACACUAUGAAGUGUUCGAGGAUUGUGAGCCUUGGGGUCCUUUGAUACCUGGUGGGCCCUGCAGACAUGUUGAGUUUGACAUGAAAGAGAGGAAAGUGCUCACCAUCCUUGUCAAGGAGCCUAUCGAGAUUGAGUCCCUAGGUGGUGUCGUUGAGGGUCAGGUUGUCCCACGUGUGGUCCCAAAACCUCCCCCUGAACCUGCUGCAGUCGAGAGUCCUGAAAAAGAGUUGCAAGCUGGUGGAGAUGGAGAUGCCUCGAUGCCUGAUGCUCAGCCUGGUGGUGAUCGUGUAGGUGAAGAUGAGCAAGACGGUGGGGCCGUGCCUUUGAUUGGCCCUGCACCUGUCGAAGUACAAGGUGAUGAAGAUGAGGCAGUGCAGGUCAAUGGUAAGGUGCUCACCGAGGACAGUGCUCUUAGGGAGCUCAGAGAGGCAUGCAAGUUCUUGGGCGUUUCGAAAAAUGGCGCCAAAGCUGCAGUCUGGGCUAGGCUUAAGCGUGAGGUCGCCGCCAGCAAGGUGAAGGCCAGUGUUCAAGCGUCGGAGGAGGUUCGGAAACAGUUUGAACGAGAGCCUCUUGCGGAAGCUUUGCCUCCUCCUCCUUCUCCCGAGCUUGUGGCUUUACAUGAGAUCACUCACCUACCUCGUGCUCCUUGGUGCGAGUCUUGUGUGGCGACCCGCUCAAGAGAGGAUAACUUUGAAGAUGUUGGCAACACUCGUCGGGAGAACUCUGUCAUCUCGAUGGACUACAUGUUCACUGGAACAAAGGAGAAUGGCUUGGCGACCCACUUGGUUUGCGUAGAUAGCCAGUCGAAGUUUGUCAAGGUUGUUGCGUUUAGUGGCAAGGGUGGCAGCUUGGUGAAGUAUGCCACGAAAGAGGUGACCACCAUGACGCAGCAGCUAGGCUACUCACAGGUCAGUUUGCGCUUUGACACAGAGCCGGCAAUGAAGCAGUUGGCAGAGUCCAUUCAGACAGCCCGUCUGAAGAUGGGUUUUGGUACCACUUUGGAACCAGUUGCUCCAGAUCCUUCGGCCCACCGAGCUCUUCCUGCAGAAAGAUAUAUAGACACGGUGAGACGGCUGGGGAAUUGCUUGCUCGAGACCGUUCGACAACGGACAGGACACAAAGUUGAAAGCAGUGAUCCUCUCUUUGCGUGGGCCUAUGUCCAUGCUGGCUUUUUAGUCUCGAGAUUUACUGUACACAAGGGCGGGUGCACAAGCUAUGAGCUGGUGCAUGGCAAGCCCUACAGCCAGAAGUUGUGUCCCUUUGGAAGCGUUGUCUAUGCUCAGGUGCUGCCCAAGAACAAGAACAAAGGGGAACCAUGGAAGUCCUAUGUGUGGCUUGGCAGAUCUGAGCUCGGCCAGCUGCAUAUCCUUGGCAGCAGUGAAGGGAUACAAUUUGCGAGGACAGCCCGCCGUGCGCCCAAAGGGUAUGAUGUGGAGCUUUUGAAGACUAUGCGUGGAGUGCCUUGGGGCUUCUCUUUGGAGGUCCUGGCAACAAAGCAGAGAAAGAGCGAUCACAACAGAAUGCCGGUGAUCCUCGAGGUAGAGGCCCCGAGGGAGAACCAAGAUGAAGCAGCAACAGACCCUUCUUCAUCCUCUGCAGCAUCUGGGGAAGGCCCUGGAAAUGUCCCUUCGAGUGCAAGUGCAGCAGGCUCUUCGGCAAUGUCAACGAGCGGUGCGGCAAUGUCAGAGGAGCUUAUUCCGGCCGGGGUGAUGAGGACUUUUCGCGAAGAGAUAGAUGAGGAGUUUCCAACAGGCCAUGAGCCCGAGCCCGAGGCCCUUCAAGAUGAUGAAGACUUUGCCGUGUUCGAUGAUGAGGGCAUCAACUGGGAGAUUGAGGAGAUCCUAGAUGAUGCAAAAAGAAGGGCAUAUGAAGAUGGCCCGCCAAGCUUGGAUGAUGAGAAGCUUGCGCUCCUUGACGCUGAGAUGGACAAGGUCGAGGAGGAAAGGUUGCUGAGCAUGGGAGUCCUAAAGGAGCUCACAGACGAGACCAAAAAGAAUGACAUGUACAAGUUGAGCUGCAAGUUUGUGAGAGAUUGGCGCUUUCGAGAUGAGUGGAAAAGAAGAAGCAGACUGGUUGCGAGGGAAUACAGGUUCCUUCAGCCUGAGAUGGCCGACUUGUACUCGCCGGCAUCUUUGGCUUCGUUGCAAGAACUCUUCACAGCGCUGGCUUGCAGCAACACGAACCUUGUUGUCCUGAGCGGCGACGUAAAGGAUGCCUACUUGUGCGUGGAGCAGCAGAGGCCAACUUACAUUGAGACCUCUCGAGGUGUCUGCUAUGAGCUCAAGUUCAAUCUGCCAGGGCAGCGAACUGGAGCUCGAGAUUGGUUCAACAAGUUUCGCUUGAUCUUGGAACGCGACAACAUCCACAGCUUUGGAGGUGCCCCUGCCCUGUUUAUCGAACCCAAAAGCAUUGCGGUGCUCACUCACGUUGAUGACAUCGAAACGGUUUGCGAGCUGGAAAGAGCCGAGAAGCUUAAAGCCCAUUGCAAAAGCGAAGGUCUUAACAUCUCUUGGGAAGGGCCUUUGAGUGUUGAUUUUGGCUCCUGCAAGUUUCUCAAGAGGAAGAUGUAUGCAGUUGAAGGGGGUAUCUUCAUAGAGCAAGACAAGAAGCACAUCAACAAGCUGAUCGAACUCACGGACACAGCCCGUGCUAGUGGUAAGCACACUCCUUGUCCAGCACAUCCUCAUCAAUGUUCAGAUGAAUCUCUUGAAGUCCUUCUUGAAGGUGAACAGUACAAUAAGUACAGGACGGCAAUUGGCAUACUACUCUACAUGGGUCCUGACAGACCUGACAUCCUUUACUCUGUCAAAGUCCUCUCCAGCAGAACCACAACGCCAAGGCAGCAUGAAUGGAAGCUCCUAUGCCACUUGGUGCGCUACCUGAAGGAACAAGACAAUCUAGGACUUUUGUUUACCCCUUCGUGGCCAGGACGCACUGUAGAGCAAAGGAGUGUGAAUGCAUCCACCGUGUUGACAACAGCGCGUGUCGUGCACUUUUGA